GGGAAAAUAAACUUGGUGGGGAAUUCUCUAUAUAUUUUUUUUCUAGGAGCUCAUGCAUUCCAUCAGUUGCUUCGUGACGACAAGACUCGACGGUAGUUUUUACAUAUAGUUUGAGAUGUAUACCAUUGGUGCGGAAGUUAAGACUAAACGUGCAAAUUAUUACUUGCCUAUUGAACAGGCUUCACAAUGCAAGAAAAGAAAGUGUAAAAGAAAAGGACGACUUAUCAAUCGUGUUCUGGGACACAUGCCACUUCCUAUUAUAGGCAAUAUUCAUCACGCUUAUGGAUACUCGCCAGAGGAAUUGUGGCGCUUAAUAUAUGAUAUGCUGAACACAUAUUAUCCAAUUAUGAAAAAUUGGGUUUUCACGAAACCUAACGUUUUUACUUCCCAACCGGACGACAUGGAAAAAAUGUUAAACAGUACAAAACACAAUGUGAAAAAUUAUACUUACAAACCUCUACAUUCUUGGCUUGGUGAUGGUCUUCUUACUAGCAAAGAGAGAACUUGCCUAAUCUUGAUCUGACACGAUAUGGAUUAUAAAAACGUCUGUUUCUUCCACACGUGC